AUGGCCUCUGGACUCAUCUUCGAUCCCCACGCUCUCCUGCGCACCGCCCCACUCAUAACCUCAACUUGCACAUUAUGGUAUUCGCUCGACCAGGAAUUCUUCCUAAACAUCUUCCUCCACCCCAGCCACCGCACCCGCAGCAAUGAAACUCUGCCAUCCUAUUUCGGGGUCUUCUUCGUCCCUGGUACCGUGCGCGUACUUGGCCUUCUCGCCCUGACCUUGACAGGAGGCGGAUACAAUAUCUUGACCCGACGGUCGGUAUCUGGGAGCUCGGCAUCCUUGCCUUGGUAUACGGCAGGUACGCUGUUAGCCGCUAGUCAUCUUCUCUUUGUGCCGGCUGUUGCGCCUAAGAUCCAAGCUGUGGUUGAGGAUUCGUCUAAGGGCCGGUCGACGGAGGAUCUUGAGGGGUGGUUGACUAUUCAUCGUGUGCGUACCUGGACGGUUGAUUUUGCUGCGUGGGCUUGCUUUGCGGUUGCUAUGUCGAUUGUUGAGUGA